CCUCCAUUUCACAUACUAGAAAAAGAUGUCUAAAAAUUAAGGGAAAAAAAGAAAACCAUUAAUGGCUUUAGCUUUACUCCUACUCAAGCCUCCAUAAAAUAAACCUCCAUAGAUACUUAUGACCAAGUCCUCAUCAUUCUGUUGUUUCCAGUACUACUCUUUAAGACUUUAACCCACCAUUUGUUAUAUUUUCCAUCCGUUUUCUCUAACAGUGAGCUUAGUUCCUUCUCCCUCUGCUAGAAUGAAUUCUUCACGAGGAAAGCUACCUCUUCCAAUCAUCACUAUUGUGAUAUGCAGUUUUGCAUUUCUUGCUCUCUUGUAUACAGACACUUCCAGGUCCUUUUUCAGGCUUAAAUCCUGUCCUAGAAGAAAUGCUGCUAAGAAGUCAAAAGAUAAAACUGCCGAGGGUAAUCUUAAAAGCUUCGAAAUGGAUGAUAGAUUUGAGUUUGACCCGGAAGAGUGCACUGUUAACUCUGGAAAGUGGGUGUAUAACAAGACAUUCAAGCCUUUAUACACAGACAGAAGCUGUCCAUAUUUAGAUAGACAAGUUUCUUGUGUAAAAAAUGGAAGGCAAGACUCUGAUUAUCGUCGUUGGGAAUGGCAGCCAGAUGACUGUACCUUGCCAAGAUUUAAUCCGGAGCUCGCCCUAAAGAAGCUUCAAGGGAAGAGGUUACUGUUCGUAGGGGAUUCACUACAGAGGGGUCAAUGGCAAUCAUUUGUGUGUCUGGUGGAAUGGAUUAUACCUGAAGACAAGAAGAGCAUGAAACGGGGUCGCUCUCAUUCAGUCUUCAGAGCCAAGGAAUAUGAUGCUACCAUUGAAUUCCACUGGGCUCCAUUUCUAAUCGAGUCCAAUACUGAUCUCAAAAUUAUAGGGGAUCCAAAGAAGAGAAUAAUGAAAGUAGACUCUAUUGAAAACCAUGCUAAACACUGGAAAGGAGUGGACUUUAUCGUCUUCAAUACUUAUGUUUGGUGGAUGAGUGGUCUUAGGCUCAAGACAUUAUGGGGUUCAUUUGCAAAUGGGGAAGAAGGAUAUGAAGAACUAGAUACCCCAAUUGCUUACAAGAUAGGAUUGAAGACAUGGGCGAACUGGGUAGACUCAAAUAUUAAUCCCAACAAAACUCGAGUGUUCUUUACUACUAUGUCUCCAACACACACAAGAAGCGAAGAUUGGAACAAUACAAAAGGGAUAAAAUGCUUUAACGAAACAAAGCCAGUAAUGAAAAAGAGACACUGGGGAAGCGGCUCUGAUAAAAGAAUUAUGAGUGUGGUGGCUAGCAUAGUGGGGAAGAUGAAAGUUCCUGUUACUGUCCUAAACAUUACACAAUUAUCAGAGUACCGAAUCGAUGCUCACACAUCGGUCUACACAGAGACUGGAGGCAAAGUGUUGACAGAUGAAGAAAAGGCUGACCCACUACACCAUGCAGAUUGCAUACAUUGGUGCUUGCCAGGAGUUCCAGAUACAUGGAAUCAAAUAUUUCUUGCAUAUUUGUAGCAAUAACUAAAAGGAAAUGAAAGGAAUUCAUGUUUUUUAUUGAUCAACUGUAAACAUAGCAUGAAUUUUGAGAGAUUUCUGUGUUAUAAAGAUUCUUUCUAUUGCAGCAAAACAAAAUUUGUUCAUU